CCCGAGAGCGCCGAUCAUUAAAAACAGAACUGAUGUAACCCUUCGACCAAACUUUGGUAUUCACUGGACUCUUGGUCGGACAUACAAUAUACAUUUAUUUGUAGAGCAGGAUAUUUGCUGCUGAACUUUUUUGUGUCUUUGUCGACAUAUAGUGUCCAUCAACGAUAAGAUUAUAUCGAUGUUAUGAAAUUCAUGUAUCAUAGCAUGUCAAUGUAUGUUCAUCAUUGUGAUGUUUAAUGUGCAAAAUUAAAAGCUUCGUGUGUGUUGUGUACAAGAUGAGUCAUUCGUAAAAGCUAUUAAUGCAUCUGUGAUCGCUCCGACCUAUUUUAUAUGAUCUCUCGUGACCGUUCUGUUUGUUGGGACUUGUUCCUCACCUGACCCCGUCUUCCGUGUGUCCACCCCUCAUUGUCUCGGCCUCUGUGUAACGUCACUAAAGGUAGUGAGAGCGCGGCCUUGGACGAGCUGUGUCAAAAGCACUAUUGAUUUCCUGCUGUCGAAGGGCGUUAGCGCUGGUGAACGGUUACACCUCGUGGCCCAUGGACCAAUCUCGGCUAUGGGUCGCUGUUUAGAAAUGCUGGUGCUGUGGCUAUCUGUGUUUUUGGAUGUGUUUUGGAAGAAGGCGCGGCGUAAGGAGCGCGAGGGUGAGGGCACGGGUGAUCCCAAGCUAUACUUGCAGGAGGCACUGCUUGAGCGCAAGCUACCCGAGCUGGACAUGCGCCAGCUGGUCGAGCUGCCCCAUGGCCUCGACUACAACGAGUGGCUCGCCUCGCACACACUGGCGCUAUUCGACCACGUGAACUUGCUUUACGGCACUGUAUCAGAGUUCUGUACCCCGGCGACGUGUCCCGACAUGACGGGUCCCGGGGGGAGGACGUACGCCUGGUACGACGAGCGCGGCAAGAAGUCGCGUGUCGCCGCACCGCAGUACGUCGACUACGUCAUGACAUACACCCAGAAGACGGUUAACGAUGAAACGGUUUUUCCUACUAAAUAUGCGAACGAGUUUCCAGCGCAGUUCGAGGCGGUAGUGCGGCGAGUGGUACGACUGUUGUUCCACGUGGUGGCACACAUGUACGCGUCACACUUCCGCGAGCUGGCGCUGUUGAGGCUUCACGCCCACCUUCACCUCACCUUCGCUCACCUCACGGCGCUGCAUCGCCGGUACGCACUGCUCGACCACAAGGAGACCGAGGUUCUACGCGACCUGGAGGUGGCUCUCCGUCUGUCCGAGCCCGCCGGUAGUGCUGGCAGUGCGUCGGGUGCUGGGAGCGAGGCCGCCGAGGAUUCCUCACCACGCCGCCGCUCGCCGGUGGUGACGCAGCCCCUGGCUUCGGCGUGACCGUUGGAGACCGCUGUGCUCCGCCCGCCCGCCCCCGCCCCGCCCCCGCUGUGCCGCGAGCCCCGAGCCUGACACUCACCAGCUCACUCAUGACCCCGCCGCUCAGCCAGCGCCCGCGUCGCACGUUACGGUACGAGCCGAAUAAAUAUCGUAAAAUGCCUUCCGCGACUCGUCCGGGUAGUUGAAGCGCGUAAGUUUCGUAAGUUGAAGAUUGUUAACUCUAUUGUAAAUAUUUCAAUCUGUUAAGUAGUUUUAGGUGAUUACGAUUAGUUUAUAAAUUUGUGAUUGCUUUGGUUGUAAAUAAAAGUGAUAUUUGUUUAACUAAUAAACUGAAAGCUUUA